GCUGCAGAUCUAAACUCACCCAACUAAACUCAGUCCAGAAACCCGAUUAGCAAAACUGAACAGAAGCUGAAGAUGGCCGCAGCUUACUCAGGACCCGACCCGUUAUUCGGUCUCCGGAACAAUUUCUACAUUGGUGCAUACCAGGCCGCCAUUAACAACAGCGACAUCCCCAAUCUCUCCGAAGAAGACUCCAUUGAGAGGGAUUCUCUUGUUUACAGAUCUUACAUUGCCCUCGGCAGUUAUCAGCUUGUGAUCAAUGAGAUCGAUUCAUCAGCUGCCACGCCUCUCCAGGCCGUCAAAUUGCUCGCGCUCUACCUUGCCAGCCCCGAUACGAAGGAAGCAACAAUCUCGAGUCUUCAGGAGUGGUUAGGAGACCCAGCCAUUGGAAAUAAUCCAAUUUUGAGGCUUAUUGCCGGAAUCAUAUUCAUGCAUGAGGAGGACUACGGUGAAGCUUUGAAACAUACUAAUGCAGGGGGAACAAUGGAGCUGAAUGCUCUGAAUGUUCAAAUAUUACUCAAGAUGCACAGAUCAGAGCUUGCUGAGAAGCAACUUAGGGCAAUGCAACAAAUUGAUGAAGAUCACACUUUAACUCAACUAGCAAAUGCGUGGCACAACAUAGCAGUGGGUGGUGGAAAGUUACAGGAAGCAUAUCUUAUAUACCAAGACUUUGCUGAGAAGUAUCAGAUGACAUGUCUCAUCCUCAAUGGAAGGGCUGUUUGCUGCAUGCACAUGGGAAAUUUUAGUGAGGCUGAAACACUUUUACUUGAGGCCUUGAACAAGGCAAGAUUUCGUUGAAUCCUGUUAGAAUUUUAUUUAUGUCGAGUGAAAAGCAUCUCGCAGAAAGUAUUCUUGUCUACCGCACAUACACAGCUUACAUCUGAUUCUAUUGCUACCCAUCUAUUUGUUUUUGUUGUUUCUUGCCUAUACUAACUGACUUGCUUGGAAUAUGAGUACAAAGUCUUUGUUGUUCACCUUCACAGUUCCUGGAGGAAAUAGACUUUUCAUUCUUUCUUCGAAGGAUAACUGAAUUUUAAUGUGCAGGAUGCGAAGGACCCUGAAACACUGGCGAAUCUGGUUGUGUGUUGUCUCCACCUUGGAAAAUCUGCCUCUCGAUUCCUCAGGUAAAGAGUUAGGGCAUUGAUAGUGACUUCAAAUAUUAUCGAAUUAAAAUGAUAUCCUCUAGGUAAAACAGAUUUCGGCCACAUGGAUUUUUUCGAACAUUAAUGUUUAGGGUCCUCUCUAUCUGUUUUGGGACAGCAGGUGCAAAGUUUACUUGACCUUGGUUGGUUGGUUACAUCAAUGAUUUAGGUUUUCUUCACAUAUCUUGCUAUAAAAAAAUCAUGAGAUUAUGAUUUGCUUGCAUACUUUUUUCUUGUAUAGUUUCAAUAUUAUUAGAUCCUGUGGGCUGAGACUGGAAAAUUAGUCCUUCAAAAGUUUCUAAAUACUAGAUUGAUCUUCUGUUCUAAAAACUGAAAGAAGAACGAUGAAGCUGUCAGUUUCCUGGAUACUAAACUAGAAAACAUUAAAUGCAGAAGAAAUUACAUAAACUGCAAUUUUAGCUUCCCUACUAUGUAUGAUCUGCUGAAUGUAAUAUUUUGAAAUAUUAUUAAAAAUAGUUGACUAAAGGUCUUCUCUAAAUUGAUGAAGACAACUUGGGAAAAUGGAAUUCUCUUUAGACUUGCUUUGAUCUGUGGUUUAAGAGAAUGAAAAGUAAAUUGUUUGAACUGAAAUGAUUGGCGAAGUUGGCAAGCAUAUUCAGAUUAGAUCACUUGACCACUUUAGCUUUUUCUUACGUUAUAUGAUGAGGAAAAUUUUUUUCCAUCAUGAUCAGUUGAUAAUCUGGUCAGAGCUUUCAUAGACCUUGGAGGUCCGGGCUGCAUUCCUACUUCCCAGGAUUCUGUUUGAACUUUUCGGGUCCGUUAAGCCUGUUUCGAUUAUUAAUGGUCUGUUUUAAAAUGUUCUCUUGCAAACUUUGUGCAUUUAUUGUUCAAGUGAAGGAAAACUAAUCUUUGCCCAUUGUCUGGAUGCGAUUUGAAUGAUAGUAUACUGUAAUUGCCCCAUAUCAUGUCCUCAUUGAAAGCUACGAAUUUGAAAAUUCGUUAAUACCGGUCUUCAUGUGUUUAUUCUUUUACAGCCAGUUGAAACUAGCGCACCCAAACCACUUACUUGUCAAACGUAUAGCAUCUGCAGAAGAGAACUUUGAGAGGGCGCUCCAGACUGUUGCGUAAAUUGGUUUCUCCAGCUGAUCUUGGGAUGUUCCUCACGAGUCUCUUGUGGUGACUUGAACCCUAUGAAGUUUUGUCUCAAUCCAUCUUUGUAUUGGACUCCCUUAGCAGCAUGUUGCAUAUUCUAAUUCGCAUUUUUCUAGUUUCACUACAAGUCUAUGUAAUUCAGCGAUUACCAGAACAGACGAAGAGAUACAUUUGCAACACAGUUAUGUAGUCGUUAUUUGGCCUUGUUGAAGUACCGCUACAUGUUCACUUUUUAAAACAUUCCAGUCUUAAUUUUUAACUCUGUGCCA